AUGUACACACCAUGGCAAGCGGAGAAGGCAAAGGCCAAGGCAUCGUGGAAAGCCGAUGUCGCCGAGGCCAAGGCUUGGUGGUGGUGUGAGAAGCACUGGUGGUGCCACAACAGCAAGGAGCACCACCAUGGGUACCAUUACGGGCACCACUACGGGCCCCCGCCCAGUGACUGCCCUAUUAAAUCAGCAGGCACCAAGAUCUUCUCAAAGAAGAAGAAAUUUGAGGCAUUGCUGUCAGCGAGUAUUGUUGAUCCCUACGACAAUGUUGGGUACACCAUGGGCGACAAUGCCGAUUUCCCGAAUUUUGACAGCUUCACGGACGCAGGUAUGACGGCUGUGAUCGGUGAGACCCAGUACACGUCAACGGGCUUUGUGAACAACAAUCUCAUCACUAACCAGGCAAGUGGAGACCCAAUUUAUUGUGCCGGCUGUAAUGGCUCCUAUCGCUUGACGUUCACUUCAACCUCCAUUGGCACACCCGAAGGAGUCUUUGCAGCAGGCGUCGUCGUAGCUGCUGAAGCAGAAGGUGUUUUUGGAACCAUUGCCUUUGUUACCUACGGUGACGGCUCCACCGAUGAGUUCCCGGUGCCUGAUCAAUCUGAUGGCGAGGACCCCUUUUGGGGCAUCAUCGACUGCCGACGGAUUGCUAGCAUCCACAUGGGCCUUGCAGGCGGCGCCCCCAACAUUGACAAUGACGUUCAGCGGAUGGCACAGAGCACCCUUAUUAUUGGCGUCUGA